GUUGCGCAGCGAGCGAGGCAUUUGGUUUCAGUCAACGACAAAGUGUGGAUCCAACGGCCUUUUCCUUCGUCGUGAUUCGUGAAGAAAGGAUGAUCACUCACAGUAUUUCAUCGAACCUAUAAACAACUUGUGCGCCUCAAAAAUGCGUUAACCGGUGAAACACCAAAGUGCCGAGGAUUCAAAGUUUAAAAAAAAGAGAGAGACGAGUGACUUGAAAUCCCCAAAAUAAGAGUGGCGUGAGAGUCCCUGCACGAGUCGGCACACGAACCUCUCUGAACCGGAAUUUCGGCGACUCGCCAUAUUGAUUAAGUGACCGGACAAGUACAAAGAAACUUUGCUUUUUUAUCGCUGUGCAUCGGGCCAGAUUUUAUUUCGAUUGUUUGGUAGUGGGGUUCUCAAGAACCCUUGCCUUCAAUCAUCAUGGCUGACAUGGCCACACUUCCUAAUCAUGCUUCUCCAGUCAAACCCAUCAUCAAUAAUCAGGUUGUCAAGGCAACCGAUGACAGAUCGUGGAAAGCACAGAUUCAAGUUCCCCCAAAGGACAGAAGGAAACGUACCUCAGAUGUCACAGACACAAAAGGCAAUGAAUUUGAAGAUUUCUGUUUGAAAAGAGACCUGUUAAUGGGUAUAUUCGAGAAAGGUUGGGAGCGACCAUCACCCAUCCAGGAGGCGUCCAUCCCUGUAGCACUUAGUGGAAGAGAUAUUUUGGCAAGAGCAAAGAAUGGAACUGGAAAGACUGGGGCUUAUUCGAUUCCCCUCCUAGAGCAGAUUGAUCCAACUCAAAACCACAUUCAAGCCAUGGUUAUUGUACCAACUCGAGAGCUGGCCCUGCAGACUAGUCACAUUUGUAAUGAGUUGGCAAAACAUAUUGGGGUUAAGGUCAUGGUGACAACAGGUGGAACCAAUCUUAAGGAUGACAUUAUGAGAAUCUAUGAAGUUGUGCAUGCAGUCAUUGCCACACCUGGUAGGAUCCUUGAUCUUAUGGAAAAAAAAGUAGCCGUGAUGGACAAGUGCAAGAUGUUGGUGUUAGAUGAGGCUGAUAAACUCCUGUCACAAGAUUUCAAGGGUAUGUUGGACCGUGUCAUUUCCUACCUGCCAGCUGAACGACAGAUUCUUCUGUACUCAGCAACAUUUCCACUAACAGUUGAACAAUUCAUGAAGAAACACCUAAGAUCACCAUACGAGAUCAAUUUGAUGGAUGAACUAACCUUAAAGGGGGUGACGCAAUACUAUGCCUUUGUCCAAGAAAGGCAGAAGGUCCAUUGUCUAAAUACUUUGUUCUCAAAGCUACAAAUCAACCAAAGUAUAAUCUUCUGCAACUCAACCCAGCGAGUCGAGCUUUUGGCCAAGAAGAUCACUGAUCUGGGGUAUUCUUGCUACUAUAUACAUGCCAAGAUGGCUCAGGCUCAUCGUAACCGAGUUUUCCAUGACUUCCGUGCAGGCUUGUGCAGGAAUUUAGUUUGUUCUGACCUGUUUACCAGAGGUAUAGACAUCCAAGCAGUGAAUGUUGUGAUAAAUUUUGACUUCCCAAAGAUGGCCGAGACCUAUCUCCAUAGGAUUGGUAGGUCUGGACGAUUUGGCCACCUAGGUAUUGCAAUCAACCUGAUUACAUAUGAUGAUCGAUUUGCACUGCACCGUAUUGAGCAGGAAUUGGGAACGGAGAUUAAGCCUAUACCCAAGGUCAUUGAUCCUGCACUGUAUGUGGCAGAACAUCACCUUGAAGAAGAUGAUGAAGGAAACAUUAGCAAGUAAUCCCUAUAUCAUGUGGGCUAGCUUGGGACGUGGGAAUUCAAAAAUUUAUUCCCCAUUGUUUAGUGUCCCAAGGCCACUUUCGGCAGCCAUCAUCAGGAAGGCAGAAGACCUUACUCGCCGCAUAGGCAUCACCCAAUUGGUUGUAUGGGUGGUACUGUAAAGUAUGGUGUGAAAGAACUUUUUUCAAGUGGUUUCCAAGACUGUAACUGAACUGCAAGACAGUAUAGAUUUGACUCUGAAAUGUUCUUUUCUCAGGUGGUAUUCUACAAAUACAAAGAUGACCCAGAAAAUGGUGUGUUAUGUGAGUAGUGUCUGAAAGUGUUUUUACUGAUGGUUUGUGAUGCCUAUGCGGUGCUCAUGCUAUGUUCUCCGAUGCUCAGCUGGUCCAGAGAAUGAGCAGCUGCGAUGUAGACGGCACAGAAUAUGCAGCAAGUGUUGUGGCACAAACAGCAUUGUGGUUGUUACCAUAGAUUACACUAUGGAAAAUACUCAAUGGAAUGAGUUUUCACAGUUCAUUGUUAAGGUAUUUCUUGACACCUGCAUACACAGGCUAAAGUGUUCGCAACAAUGACGGUUAAUUACUUUUAUUUAUUUUUAUUUUUAAAAAUCCUGAAUGGGUUCGUUUUGUCAGGUUGUUGAAGUGGAAGUGUUUGAAAGAAAGUACUGGGUCUUGUUCAUGAACAGUGUUGAUAAUUCGCAAGACAUAAAUCCCAUGGCUGGCAUAUACAAGAAAUCUGAAGCCAGCUGAUAUACAAAUGUUAGUCUGUGAUGUAUUUGUAAUGACUUGAACAGACCACGGAAGAAGCAAGGCAAGACGAGCAGGAACUAGUGUCUGGAUUUUGCCUCCCUUUUGGUGGGUUUACGAGGUGGUCUUGGCUUCUGAAUAUUUAUGUACAGUUAGAACAAGUGCAUUGUUACCAUCAUUGGAAGUUAAAAUGGUUCUGGAACUUCAAAAAACAAAAAAAAUUGACUUCCUCAUUUGCAGUUGAGGUUGUUUUUCAAAAAAUAGAAACCAUCACCCAAGGUUUUGCAGUCCAAUUUGGUGUGACAAUGCACAUUUGGUAGUUUUGUAAAUCUAUUUUUAUACAAGAUGGAGUUCAAAGUUUUCAGUGGGCUAAAUAGGUUUGAAACCUCCAACUAAAAUGAAAGGGUGGGUCCACCAGGAACAACCUUUUGGCACCACUGGUACUUGGCACUCCUCUGUGUACAGUUUUUCCUGUGAAGGUCUGACUCGGCACCAGCCUACCGACUUCAUUUGCAAUGGGAAAUUUGUAAAAAAUAUAUUUACCAUCAUUGGUACAGUGCUGUGAGAAAUGGACUCUUACGAAUAGCACUGAGAGAGAUGUACAAGGCUUGGUGAAACAAUGGUGAUGGGUUUGAUGAUGGCUUCAAGUGAGGCCAGUGAUGGAUUAUUCUAAUUGAGAAGAUUUAUGGAUUUCAAAAGCUUCAAACCCAAGCCACUACUGAGUAGUGUAUUUUGCAGAGUCAAUGCUAGGGUUUGAGGAUUUGUUGAAGUGCCUAAAUCUAGCCAAUUAUCCCACACUAACAUCAGCUGCAAAUAGUCAUGGCAGCAUCUAAUUACUUUCAAUGAUAGGACCCACCCAAACUUUACCUGAUCAAUUUAAUAUUGCUCCCCUUAAAAUUCAGUUCAUUUUCUUUUAUCUGGUAUUAAUCUUUUUUAUUCAUCUCUAUUAAUUUUUCUUUUUAAAUUUGUGAUCAGGUGGGGUUUUUAAUGUUUUGGUUUCAAGGGAGCAAAUAUACUCCAGUUUUACAGUUGACAAGAACACCUGUCACAAUUCCAUCAGAGAGGAGUACUAUAGCUAUGAGUGUCUGUAGUCCUGCAUUCAUAGCUUUACAAAAUUUUGUUCAACAUCAAGGCAAUAUAUAUUUUUUAUUAUUAAUGUAAAUGACAACCAGUUAUUGUCUGGUCCUUUAUCUUUUUGUUUAGGUUUACAGGACUGCUACCACUGGCUUAAAUGCCUAAUAUCUUUAUUUAUUAUUUUUUUUGUGUGUUAUAUCUUGAGGUUAUCAUGUAAUUUUGAUAUCUUGCAAUUUUUCAUAUGUUUUUAAAACAAAAUACUUUAAUGCAUAAUUAGUUCAUUACAAAAGAUUUAGAGAAGUGUUAUGUCAGUAAAAUGUUUAUGAAGUACAAACAUUGUAAGAAGGAAAAUACUUUCCGAUAAAUAGGAGCAAGAUAUUAACCAACUGAUGGCAGUAUAUAAUGUGCUUCAACUGGUACUGGAAAUUGACAAGUGUACUUUUAUAGAAUGAAAUUGCAUUGGUCUGAUUGAAGGUCACCAAGGCUGAAAAGGGAAUAAGUUGUAUGCAGUUGUUUAUCUCCUUGAAGGAUAAAACUGGAAAGUUGAGGUGAUUGAAGUAUGAAAUGGUAAUUUCCCAUACUGAAGAUGACAGGCACAGCAAAGUACAGCACACUCGGGCUGCUGGGGUAAUCAUGACAAGUUUAAUUAUAUUUUCCCCCAGUUGCAUCUUUUCAUGACCACCAUGAAUUGUUGAUGUGCCCAUGUGAAUUACCAUCUUGGUUUUUAUAGUGGUUCUUUAUUUUUAUUUUUAUUAGUAUAAUAUUUUGAGUUGCACUUUUUUUCAUUAUUCAAGAGUUUGCAUCUUGAAUGUGCUACCAGUCUGUUUUUGUUUUUUUUCCAUUUCUCUUUAAACUAGUUCAUGCAGAUUGGACAAAGAAUGACACCAAACAAAGGAGCUUCCUUUAUUUUUUGUUCAUAUUAUAGUUGGCACUGGAAAAGGCAUUGAUUUCCUUGUUGCUCCAAAGAAGUUAGUUUAUUUAUUAUAUUUAUCAUUGUUAUUAUAUCUAAAAGGAAGAAAAGGGAGAUCUGUAGUUCCAUAAACAAGAGGCUUUAAAUCUGACAGUGUUAGAUUCUAAAAUGUUAAAUUCAGAAAUUGUAAAGAACCAUUUUGAUUAUUUUUCAUUUUUUGUAUAUGGCAAACUUUUUAAAACAAAUUCUUUUAUUUUAAAACGACUGUUAGACAAACCUCCCAUAAUUGAGUGGACUGUAACAUCAACUGGAACUAAGUCCACCAGAAAUAUUAAAAAAAUAUAUAUAAAAAAAUAAAAAAAAAAGAUAAAAAUGAUGCAAAAAAAAAAGUGACGGAGUAGUGAAAAUUGGCUCUUUGGCAAUCAGAUUCGAAAUUUCUUUAUUUCAAAUUUGUAUUCAUCUACAAAAUUGUCAAAAUCAUUCAGUAAAUCAAAAAUAAUUCUCCUCACUUCAAAUUUUGUUUUAUUACACCUAAUUUAUUUUUGUUAACAUACAUACCAGCACACCCAUUUUCAACCAAUCUUCCAAUUUUUACUUUAUACAAAUUAACCUGUGAAUCGAAAUCUCUUCUUUCAGGGAGUAUUGCUAUCUUUACAAUUCCCAUUCUAUUCAAGUUUUGAUGUAACUUGUAAAUUGUGCUGGAGAAUCCUUUCUGCUAAAUGUUAUUUUGCAUUAUAAUUUCCCUUCCCUUUUUUAUAGUAGCUUUCACGAAUCAUUUGCAUUAUUCAUUUUUGUUGUUUUUGGAAGGAAUUCAUAUUAUAAUCUUUAACCCCCACCCCCACCCCUAUCCAAUACUUCCAUUUACUUGCUUUUGCGGUCCUCUUCAAGCAUCGCAAUGGUCCAUUUACAAUUAAAUUUAAUAUGGUGAUAUAUCAGUGUCAUUAAGCUUAACGCUUUAUAUUUUUCAAGUUGAAAAUCUUCCAAAUUGCCUUUGUCUGUCCCUUCUGCAUAUUGUUUUACCAGAGCACUAUCAUUAUUUUAUAUUUCCCCCCCAUAAACCAGUAAGGACACUCCCACCUUCUGCAAGGGGAAAUCUUUCUGCAGAAAACCCUUUAUGAUAAACUAGCAUAACUCGAGGUGAGGGAUGCAUUUCUAUGCUCUUGUGAAACCAUUACCUAUUAAUUUCAAACACCUAGGGAAAAGUAAAUUGCAAACCAUGUUCUUCGCUUGUUGUAUGGGUUUUGGUUCAAGGCCGUCUCAAAUUCUUGCUACGUUUCCUAUUUUUAUUUUUUUUUUAUCAUGUCGCCUAUCAACAUCCUUUUGACUAUCAUUUGAGUUUCCCAUUAAGUUUUUAGAACUAGUGCAAAAUCACUCCAUUACACAAACCAUAUUUACAUACAGAAACAACUCGAGCAGAAUGUAACGGAUUUGGAGAAUUAAUUUUUCCACUGUCUGGAACUAGCCCUGCGUUCGCUUGAGCUUUCUGCACGGUGCGCUUCUCCCUGGCCCAAACCGCUCAAGUGAAUGGUUUCGCCGCGCAAGGCACCCAUCAUCUGAUUAUCGUAAACAAACUGCCCUUGACAUUGAAACAUCGCAAGAGAGAAUUGCUUUCCUUAUGUUGACUAAUAAAGGCUCGAAACCGAGCUGCACAACUUCUAUAUCACACACAUUAAUGACUAACAAAAGGUAGAAAAAAUUGUUGCACUUCAGAUUUUACGUUUGAGGUUCUUAAGUUUGCGGCCAUUUUGGUUGUUUACAAAAGGCCGCGAGGCGAAGCGAGCUACCUGCAGCCCACGCGCUGUUCGCCACGCAGCGUCUUGCGACGCCUCGCGAAACGGUUGUCAGGUCGACCCUUCACUUAAUUUUGCCGCGCAACGCCCGGUGCGCUUUGCCAAAGUGAACGCAGGGUAACUGUAGACAGGUUAUGGAAGACUAUUUUUUAUGGCUGCUAUUGACAACUGAUUCCAACCAUGAGUGACUACAUGGAAGUCUUUAAUUAAAAUUUUGGUUUUGCAGAUUCGUAGUCUAAAUUUUGUGCUACUUUGUAGCAAAUACCUUGUUGAUAAUUA